AGCCAUGAAGAAGAAUGGCAUUGUCAAGCUCAAGUCCGCCGUUGGGAAGCUGCAGAGAAGCCUCUCCUUAGGUCGGAGGUCUGAUUCUGGUCAAGAUGACUUCGAUUACGACUCGACUCCGGUACCGGAGGAUGUCAAAGAAGGACAUUUUGCAGUUGUGGCAGUUGAUGCUGAGGAGCCGAAACGGUUUGCUGUUCCGUUGAGUUGCUUGACGAAUCCGACGUUUUUGAGACUGUUGGAGGCGGCGGCUGAGGAGUAUGGAUUUGAUCAUGAGGGUGCAGUGACCGUGCCAUGUCGGCCGAGCGAGCUCGAGCAGAUCUUGGCCGAGGAAUAGGAGGAGGAGGAGGAGGAGGAAGAGAAGAAACGUAAUGUGGGGUUUUGAAGCUAUUGAAAUGACCCAAGAGGAUCAAGAGGUUGUUUUUUUUGUAGCUUCAACACUUCAGGGGCUUUGUAAAACUUUUUACCUAUGGAAAAUUUGAUAUUUUGAGAAUGGCUAACAAAAGUUCAUAGCCAUUUGACAUGUUGAUUUUGUGUUGUGU